AUGCGGGCCCACAAUGGGCCAACAAUUAUUAACGACCACCAGACUGAGCACUGGCGGAACCAACGACAGGAAAAGCAACAGCAACAGCAACGGCACCGAAGGCACGAGGCAUCACGAUUAGGAGGUUUAAUCCAGUGCUGUCACUUUUGGCUGGCGAUUGUGAUACUGAUUGGAUUAGUGGCGGUGCCGACUGGGGCUGGACCGAGGUACAGUUCCAGAAUUGUGGAAACCAAAUCGGGGGCGAUUCGCGGUGUGAUACUCGAGCUCAAUUCGAAGUACCUGGAACCGGUGGAGGUUUUCAAAGCGGUCCCAUACGCCGCUCCCCCAGUAGGGGAUCUACGGUUUGAAGCACCGAAAAAAUUGACACCUUGGAAGGGAACAAAAUUGGCGGACACCUUUGGUCCGGUUUGUCCGCAGAGCUUCCCGGACAUCAGCAACCGCACUGUCGCUCUGCUCUCCAUGCCGAAGGGGCGCUACCAGCACUUGAAACGUCUACAACCGCUGCUUGCCAACCAGAGCGAGGACUGUCUUACACUCAACAUCUACGUUCCCGGAAGGGUUUCCUCCAGGAAUUCCUCCGGAAGUUCCUCCGGAAGUUCCUCCAGGAAUUCCUCCGGAAGUUCCUCCAGGAAUUCCUCCGGAAGUUCCUCCAGGAAUUCCUCCGGAACACCUUACUCCAUCUUCUUCUACAUCCACGGCGAGGCGUACGACUGGGGCUCCGGCAAUCCGUACGACGGCUCCGUGCUGGCCAGCUACGGUCACGUGAUCGUUGUUACAGUCAAUUUUCGUUUAGGAAUUCUCGGUUUUCUCAAAACUCGUGCCUCUGCUUCACCGGGUGGUUCUGGUGGCAAUCUAGGUUUAAUGGACAUCAUCCUCGCACUGCAAUGGGUGCGAGACAAUAUUGGCGCGUUCGGCGGUGAUCCCAAACGAAUCACCGUGGUUGGCCACGAUACGGGUGCGACCUUGGCCAACAUGGUGCUAAUCUCAAAAGCGGGAAAAGGUCUCAUAAGUCGAGCAAUCCUGCUCAGUGGAUCCGCUCUCAGCCCAUGGGCGAUGGUUCCCGAUCCCGAUGCCAUUCGGUUGGAGGUGUCCCAACAAAUGGCAUGUCAUCUGCUGGUAGAUCCACCGCCAGGAAAGCCUGCCCGUAAGCCAUCGACCGACGACAUCACCGAUUGUCUGCGGGACAAACCACUGGAGGCCCUGAUGGGUGUAAGACUGACCGCCGUACGGUUCAUGCCGUCCUGGGGACCAUUUCUACCGCUGGAGGAUUCGUUGGAUCCGGAAUUCGCUAUGGAACACUCCGGCGAGGGCUUCAUCACCAGCGAGCUGAUGCUCGGCAUGACCACGACCGAAAGCUAUAACGAUUUCAGUGCUUCCGAUAUACAGUACGGGCUUGAGGAAGAGCAGCGCAAUCGACUGCUACGAACGUACAUCCGGAAUGCGUUCACUUUCCAUCUGAACGAAAUUUUCUCGGCCGUACGGAACGAGUACACCGAUUGGGACAAACCGAUUCAGCACCCGAUCAACAUCAGGGACUCGACAAUGGAAGCGCUGAGCGAUGGUCAUACGGUAGCCCCGCUGAUAAAAGUGGCCUAUCUGCACGCCCGCCGUGGAGCCAAAACGUACAUGUUCCAUUUCGCCUACCAGACCAAGGAGACCGAGUAUCCACAGCGACUGGGCAGCAUCCGCGGUGAGGACCUGCCGUACGUGCUGGGCCUUACGUUGGUCCAGGGAGGGCCGUGGUUCGGGCAGAACUUCACCCGCCAAGAUAUGGGAGUGAACGAGGCCGUGCUUAAUUUUGUGACCAAUUUCUGCAAGACCGGCGAUCCGAACGAGGCCGGUCAUCAGGCACCGCUGCUGCAUCCGGACUACGGGACGGCCAAAGAGCGAACGCGCUUCCGCGGUAUCACUUGGGACACAUUCGAAACGACCACGCAGCAGUAUCUGAGCAUAUCAACCAAACCAAAGAUGCGUAGUCACUACCGAGGGCACAAGAUGGCGCUGUGGUUGAACCUGAUACCGCAGCUGCAUCGCCCCGGGGACCAGGACGUUUCGAUGCGGCACCAUCACUUCCGGGAGCGGGAGCCCCAUUACUACGCUGGAUCAGUCCGGGCCGAGUCGUUCAGCAGGCCGCGGAUGUUUGCGGGAGGUGGUGUUGUUGGUGGCAUGGGAGGCAUAAACGAUGCCCAGGAAUCGAGGCAGGAACUUUUCGGCACAGAGUGCACUCCGGAUCCGACGAUGGGCGAGGUACUGCAGGAAGGAAACUCCGAGGGCGGCAUCCUGUCCGAGGAAGAGGAGGAAGAGCUGCUGGAGAAGUUGGCCAACCGGCAUUACUACAGCUACACCGCCGCCUUGGGAGUGACAGUCGGUGUCGGUUGCUUGCUCCUGCUGCUAAAUAUGCUCAUCUUUGCCGGAAUCUACUAUCAACGAGAUCGGUCCCGUCGACGGAAGUCCCAAACGACGGGCAGCAGCAACAACAGCACAUCCGCCGCCACCACCACCACCGGCCUCACCAUCGGCUCCGGAAGUGGAUCUCGCAACAACAACGGAAACCCCAGCCCGGACGAGGGAGAUAUCCAGCUGACGACGAUAGUGCCGAGUCCGUCGCCACCGACGAGCAAGGCUAAACGAAGCCACGAACCACCCCCGAGCUAUGCAACGCUUCCCAAGCGGUCCUCCCAUCAACAUCAGCAUCACCAUCAGCAACAACAACAACAACAACACCAGCAGCAGGGUGGAGUGAAGGAUACCAAUCUGACGACAGCCACGCUGGGACGGGCCGGAAGUUUCUCGCACAAACAACAGAUUCUCCAACACCAGUCAAGUGAGUUGUCUUCGCGAAACCAUCACUGCACAUCCGGGGCAACAGGGCCGGAAGCCAUCCAUAAUCACCACCAGCACCAUCACCACAGCAAUCAGACCCUGCCGAGAUCUGCCAAGUCGGCCCCACUGCCCCCGGUUCGGUCAUCGAGCAAUGCGCCAUCACCUUCGCCGGCAUCUUGCAUUACGGCCAGUGCUUCGACAACGACGGCAUCCAUUUCACCAUCCCCCACCCCGUCGGCCUCGACGGCGUCCACCCAAACGGCGGCCCCGCUGACUUCCAUUCUUGUAAAUAGCAAUAGCGCCAAUGGCAGCAACAGUGGCAGCCACGGACAUCAUCUUCAUCACCAUACGUGCGGUGGUGGCGGUGUCGGCGGUGGGAUAAACAGCAAUGUCAUUACGGUGGACUUGGUGAGCUCAACCAAUCCGAAACUGACGGGACCGGGACCGGGCUCGUCCUAUAGCAGUAAUAGCAACAAUUUUAUCGGUAGCGGUAGUGGUAGCAGUAGUUUAGGUAGUAGUGGGAACAGCGGCGCUCAUCAUCAUCACCACCACUCGCAUCAUUCUCACGCGGUGGGUGGUGCUGGUGCUGGGGGUGGCGUAGGAGUAGCAGGAGGAGGUUCCGUCCUAGGUAUCAGCGGAGGGAUCAUUGGCCAUGGUGGUAGCGGGAAUCUCACAGGAUCCAUGACCAAUGCUAACCACCCGCAGAUGGCUGCCGCCGGAACGUCAACGCUGAAAAAACGUGUUCAGAUCCAGGAGGUAACCGUAUAGCACAGGUACAGCACAGCUGACGACGACCAGGAAGCUGUGUGAGGAUAUAAAAAUGAGCGAAAGCACUAAAAACCUUUAGCAAUCCGCUAAGAAUGUAAUCCACUACACUGGAACUGGGAGUGAAAUCCCCGUGAAGCAAUCAGGGAAUCGGAGUGCGUCGGACGCGGAGUGGGUUCCUAUUUCUGUAAAAUUAAUUAAAUUGAAACUUGAACGAAAUUUCAGAGCGUCGAGCCAUUCAAGCUUGACUUACUUUCAUUUUGCAAACGGCUUUCCCCUUUCCAAUUUC